UACCCCAUCCUGACCCAUGAUCUUAAUGAUCUGGUCAGUGAGAAGGCUGCAUUCAAUAUUAGAAAUGCUGACCUUUGCUCUGGGAAAAUCCAGCUCGAUGCCUCUGCUGAUUCAAUCAUUGGAGUCAGAGCAUUCAAGAUGGCCCAAAUUGUGCAACUCAACCUAUCACCUCUCAGGGACAUGGGUAUUGGGUCAUCUCCCAAUGAUCGCAUCAUCCUCAAAAGACUGUAUAUCAACAACCAUCCUGUGGAAGUCAAACCCCCAUUCACACAUUAUGCCCUACAAGACAAGUCCAACAUACUCUACUGUGAAGCCAAUGCUUUGUACUGGGCCAAAGCACUCUUGCAGAUGACAUACCAAUUUGUUGAUCAUGCUGUCAAAGAUACCAAGGUACCACCACCUUUUGAAAUUCCUUGCCUGCACUUUGUGGAUGUGGGAUUGUUAUUUGCAUAUUUGGAUCCCAGCAGUAUUGUGAAUGUCACAUACCUUGUUGAGGAACUCAUCCCCACAUCCUCAGAUGAUGAGUUUGUGAAGUACAUCCACAAUGGCGAUGCAGCUCCUUGCUUCUUUCUGGAUACAAAGGCAGAAGAGAUCACAGACUUUUUGGCCUUCACUCAACACAUGCAGUACAUCAUGACUGGUGGUCAAGUAUACAUAUCUGACUAUCAAGGUAAGCUGUGGCAAUAG